AUGGGUGUGGUGGGCGGCGGCCUUUGGCACCUGCUCAAGGGCAUGAAGAACAGCCCCAGCGGGCACCGCUUCGUGGGCGGCAUCGAUGCGAUCCGGCGAGAGGCGCCGCGCAUCGGCGGCAGCUUUGCGGUGUGGGGCGGCCUGUUCAGCACCUUUGACUGCACGCUGGUGGCUGUGCGCAAGAAGGAGGACCCGUGGAACAGCAUCGCAGCGGGGGCGCUGACGGGCGGCUUCCUGCAGCUGCGCACGGGCCUCAAGUCGGCCGGCAAGUCGGCUGUGUUUGGCGGCGUGCUGCUGGCCAUGAUUGAGGGGGUGGGCAUCCUGCUGACACGCGUCACCGCGCCGCCGCCCGCGCCCGUUCCCAUGGUGGAGAUGCCGGGCCCCAGCCCCAGCAGCGGCAAGAGCAUGGGUGCGCAGUCAGAGGAGAUGCCCGCCAUCCCGCCGCCCAUGCCAGCGCCCGGCGCCGAGCCGGCGGCGGCAGCCAGCGGCGGCGGCGGCGGCUGGCUUGGCAGCUGGUUCAGCGGCGGCAAGAAGGAGGAGGACAAGGCGCCCGCCCCCGCGGGUGACCUGUCCGAGGACCGCUUUGCGCCGCCGCCCAUGCCCAACUUUGGCGGCAGCAGCCCUGAGCCUCAGUUCCGCUGA